UGCGGAAGUGCCAGUGGACCAUUUUUUUCUAAUGCGGAAGAGAAACAAAACCUCGCUCGAUGUUUUCCGUCUGAACUUGUCCCAAAAUGAAGGAAUAAACAUCGACAAACAGGAAGAAACGAGGGACGGUUUGUUUGCAGUUUAGACUUAAAGGACCGAACACACUCAGCGGAGCUAAUGGCAGGAGGCAACUUACAGAAAGCUAUCGAUCUGGCCAACAAAGCUGCGCAGGAGGACAAAGCCAAGAACUACGAGGAAGCCCUCAGAUGUUACCAGAAUGCAAUCCAGUACUUCCUCCAUGUUGUCAAGUAUGAGGCUCAGAGUGAACGAGCGAAGGAGAGCAUCAGGGAAAAGUGUAAAGAUUACCUGGACCGAGCCGAGCAGCUGAAGAACCACCUGAAGAAGCUGGAGAAUAAUCCUCCGGCUAAACCAGUCAAAGAGAACCACUCUGAUGACAAAGGGAGUGAAAGUGAUGACGGGGACAACCAAGAGAAAAAGAAGUUUCAAAAUCAACUCUCAGGUGCCAUCGUCAUGGAAAAGCCAAACAUUAAGUGGGAUGAUGUAGCUGGACUGGAAGGAGCCAAAGAAGCCUUGAAGGAAGCCGUCAUACUGCCCAUCAAAUUCCCUCAUCUGUUCACAGGAAAGCGAACUCCUUGGCGGGGCAUCCUUCUCUUUGGCCCUCCAGGAACAGGAAAAUCCUACCUGGCCAAGGCGGUGGCCACAGAGGCCAACAACUCCACCUUCUUCUCCAUCUCCUCCUCCGACCUCGUGUCCAAGUGGUUGGGGGAAAGUGAAAAGUUGGUAAAGAACCUGUUCUAUUUGGCUCGAGAGCACAAACCAUCCAUUAUUUUCAUUGAUGAGAUCGACUCCCUCUGCGGCUCCAGGAGCGAGAACGAGAGCGAGGCCGCGCGCAGAAUCAAGACAGAGUUCCUCGUUCAGAUGCAGGGUGUUGGAAACAAUAACGAGGGAGUCCUGGUUCUGGGAGCCACAAAUAUACCGUGGACAUUGGACUCUGCUAUUAGGAGAAGAUUUGAAAAGCGAAUCUACAUCCCUCUGCCUGAAGAGCAUGCUCGCUCCUUCAUGUUUAAACUGCAUCUGGGAUCCACCCCCAGCAACCUGACAGAAGCAGACUUCAACAGUCUGGGCCAGAAGACGGAAGGGUACUCUGGGGCUGACAUCAGUGUUAUCGUCAGGGACGCCCUCAUGCAACCUGUCAGGAAGGUCCAGUCCGCCACUCACUUCAAAAAGGUCCAGGGCUCAUCAUGGAACAGCCCGGAUGUUGUGGAGCAAGAUCUACUGACUCCGUGCUCGCCGGGAGAUCCCAACGCCAUAGAGAUGACGUGGAUGGACGUCCCUGGAGAAAAGCUUUCGGAGGCAGUUGUGUGCAUGGCGGACAUGCUGAGGUCACUCACUACCAUCAAGCCGACAGUGAACGAGCAGGACCUGGAUAAGCUGAAGAAGUUUACGGAAGAUUUUGGUCAAGAAGGGUAGCACUAUCCACGCUCUGCUCGAGAGGCAGUUCACGAUUAUCUCUGUCAGUUAAGGUUUUGAUUCAUUCAUUCAUCUGUCUGGUCUAUAGUAGGUUUCCUGGAGCUACAUUAUGAAAAAAAAAGUAUAUGUUUCUGUAAGAUAUGACAAAAAUAAUGCUUCAACAGCAAAUGUUUGUUGUUGUUUGUGACAAAUAAGAUGAUUCAAUAAUGAAAUAUAAUCAAUAAAUCAAGUUUCAGCACAUUUUAUUACUCACAUAUCAAUUGUUUACAUCUUCGCAUCUAAGGUUUUGUGUUUCUAUUACUUGUUGAUUUUAUUUUUGAAUUUCAAAAAUUUAAGAGAUAAUCUCUUUAUUUUUUACAGAAAACUUUCUGUCUUUAAAUAUAUAUAUGGAGUCGAUGGCUGUGCAACAGAGACUCUGGGAAAAUGCACAUUUCCAACACUACAUACCUCUCACCAUUGUCUAAGGAGGAUUGUGCUCUACAGAAAUAGUUUCAGGGUUGUUUUUUUGUGAAAAGGAACUUCUCCUAUAACAUUCAGAAAGUUUGCUCUCUUUAAAAUAUGUGGGUUACCCUUCACUGGUUAUUCUAUCUCAGACAUGCAAGUUUAAAGGUUCAGUGUGUAAGAUUGAGGUGAAAGGGAUCUUUUGGCAGAAAUUGAAUAUAAAUAUUGCGUUUCAUCUAAAUUGUACAACAUGUGGUUUUAUUUACCCUACAACGCACACUCUAAUUUACAUCUGGAACGGGUCCUCUCUAUGGAGGCUGCCAUGUAUUUAACAGUAGCCCAGACUGGAGAAACCAAACACCUUUUGAGUUUUUAUGACAACUGAAGGUUACAACACUGUGAUGUUUGGAAGGAGGGGGUGAGGUGAGGGGUAUUCAGCUGCAACAUGCAACAUCACCAAUAGAUGUCACUAGAUUCUACACACUGAACCUUUAGGGGGUGUAAUUAUACACAUCACGCAAAAGCAGCAUCUAUGAAAAAUGUACGUACUCUGUAAAAAAUAAUAAAGGCUGUUUUCUGAAGUUUU